AUGACAUCCAUAUCCGCCUCCGCGAUGGCAAACACAACCACGCCCUCUACCUCAAUACCCCUAACCAUGCACGCAAACCCCCUCCUCAACCCCUCCGACACCGCUCUCCUAGAGACCUUCAUCCCAGGCUACUCCAUGGCCUCGCGCUUCCUAUCCACAUACCUCCAAAUCGAUCUCUCCAGCUACAUCCCCUACCUAAUCCUACUCGCCGUGAUAGGCGCAACAGUACGCUACAUCUACAACCUGCUCUCCGCCCUCUUCGAAGAACACUGCAUCAGCACCGCCGAAAUCCGCCACGAUGACGAAGUCUACAACUACCUGAUGUACUGGCUCGCACAACAGCCCUUCACGAACCGCACAACGCAUUUCGUGGCUGGGACACGGAUCUCGGGGUCUGCGCGGUACUACGAUAGCGACGAUGAGAGCGAAGACGGAUGGGGCGACGCAGAUGAGAUCGACGACGAGGGGAACGUCAUCGGGACAGACGCCGAAGACUUCGAUACGUACUGGGCCAAGGCUACUGCGCGGGACAAGCACAAGAAGCUGCGCUUCACGCCGAGCGAGGGAACGCACUACUUCUGGUUCCAUGGGCGCCCGCUCGCGUUCAUUCGCGAGAAGCAGGAUGAUAAGAACUCUGGCGGCGGGUAUUACGGGUAUGGCGCGAAGGCACCGGAGCGGCUAUAUGUCAGCUGUAUUGGGCGUGAUCCGGCGGUCCUGAAGGAGUUGCUGCUUGAAGCGCAGCGGUGCUAUGUUGCCAAGGAUAGCAACAACACUGUUAUCUACCGCGGCCAUAAAUCGGGUGCGUAUACCGAGUGGUCGAGGUGUAUGGCUAGGGCUCCGCGAGCGCUGUCGACGGUUGUGCUGGAUAAGGUGCAGAAGGACGCAUUUAUUGAUGAUAUUAAGGAAUACUUGCAUCCUAGGACGAGACGGUGGUAUUCCAACCGCGGGAUUCCGUACCGCCGGGGGUAUCUACUACAUGGGCCGCCUGGGACGGGGAAAACCAGUCUCUGCUUUGCGGCGGCGGGCUUACUAGGGCUGGAGCUUUAUCUGCUGAAUCUGAGCUCCAAGAGCCUGGAUGAGGAUGAACUGAUGGCUCUAUUCUCGGAGUUGCCUAGACGGUGUAUCGUGCUGCUGGAAGACGUGGACUGCGCGGGAAUGUCGCAGAAGCGAACUGCCGGUUCCUCUUCAAACGAUGACAACUCUACCCCCGCCUCCACCGAACAGACAGAGGCCGAGAACGUCAACAGCUCUGGCUCUAGCUCCGGAACCACCUCCCUCGAAAAGCAAGGCGUCUCCCUCUCAGGCCUCCUCAACGUGAUCGACGGCGUCGCCGCCAGCGAAGGCCGCAUCCUCGUCAUGACAACCAACCACCCCGAGAAACUGGACCCCGCGCUCGUGCGCCCCGGCCGCAUCGAUAUGUCCAUUACAUUCGGGUACUCGACGGCCUCCGACAUCCAGGAACUGUUCUCAGCGAUCUACUCCACGCUUGAGGGUGAUCUGCGCGUAUCCCGCACUGAGCGAUUAAGCCCGAAGAUGCGCGCGAAGAUGGCGAAACGCGCUGGUGCUGCCCGGCCGGGGUCCGUGGGUGAGAAGGCUCGUUCUAAUGUUCGUGUGCAGCGGACCAGCAAGUUCUCUGAAGAGCAGGUCUGUGCUUGGGCUGGGCGUUUCGCGGAACGGGUUCCUGCGGGGGAGUUCACGCCUGCGGAGAUCCAGGGGUAUCUGUUGAAUUAUAAGACUGAUCCGGAGGCGGCGAUUGAGGGCGCUGAGAAGUGGGCUGUGGAGAUGAGGGAGAAGAAGGCGAAGGAUAAGACUGCUGGUGUGGAUGCUGCGAAGGGGGAUGAGGAGGAAAAGUUGGAUGAGGAGAAGAAGCCGGAGAAGCUUGAGGUGAAUGGGGUGGACGGCGACAGCGAGCUGAAGGGCAAGUCUGGAAGCGAAGACAUGGUCAUGACGAAUGGUCAUACGCAUACGGACGGACGGUCAUAA